AUUUCUGAUGGCUACUUCAUUGAUAGCUUUUCCUCAACCUUGAGCGAUGUUUUUACACCAUUUAGUUCGUGAGUAUUUGUUAUCAUGGAAACCGAAGAAACCACCAAGCGGCAGGUCUGUGAGACCGACAGCGGUGUUAUGAGCUCAGAGGAGCCUGACGACAGCAUUGCCAAUAAACACUUUCCAUUAAAAAUGACAUCGUGCAGCGAUAAAAUGUCCUUUGAUUACGACGAGAUCCAAAUUGUGGACUUGGACUUGAAAAACAAGAACGAAGAAUCGCCUUGCAAACGGUUUUUGAAAAAACGAAGUCACGUUCAAGACUCUCAUAAGAUCAGAAAUUCGCUUUUUUCGCCGGAUGAACUCGAGCCUGAAGAUCGCAGUCAGUCCAUCAGCAGUUCAUCGUGGCCUGAGGUCCAUGGUAAAAGUGUCUCUAAAUUACACGAGCUGUCCUCAUCGUCGGGUUCGGGUAAACGGGCCGAUCCGCGAGAGCCCGUCCAUCGAGAAAGAGUUGAUAAUCAAGAAAUGGUUUCCACGUGUCCCAAUUACGGCGACUCUGAAUCACCUCGUCGCACUCCAGAACAUAAAAUCUUUUCGAUGUUUUCUACUCCUGGUCGUAAACAGAAAAUAUCCCGUUCCUCCAAAAAUUUGAAUGAAAUAUCCGGAUCUUGCGAAGUCGAUCCUCCAGACAGUCAAACUUUGCCACCUUGGAAUGGACGCGUCGAGGUAAACUCGAGAAGCGGUAUCCAAAAAGUGGCGUCAUCCAAUUCCCUGAAAAAAGAAGACUCGCAGCUAUCCUUCCGCCUCGGGAAUCUCAUGACUCUCAAGGAAGCAGCCCUGGAAAGAGGUUCUCUGAGUUCCAACGACAGUUCUCAGUUUGCCUCUCUGCACUCGGCUGUGGAGAAGCAGCCCCAUGGUUCAGAUCGAAUACUGCAGACUCGAAACUCCCGACAGAGACUCUUUCAGAGACCACCUAGCAGAAUACACAUGCCAGAGAUGGCCGGGGAAGAAAGGUUUCGGCUCGACUGUGGUCGACGCGAGAGCGUCUUGUCCAAUAUCUUCGCUCCCCGCGAACGGCGGCGCGAGAGUUCCCUCUCUGAUCUCUGCAACGAGCUGGAGUCGAAGAGCUUGGGGGCACAUUCCUCGUGUGGGGGCAGCGGGCCUAAGCCCCCCACCGCCUCCCCUGAUCCUAGUGGCUCCCCGUCCGUUAAAAUGAAUCGAUCGAACUCUACCCGGGAGGCGGACCCGACUGGGGAGAUUUUCAACCGUGGCACGGUGUGGAGAGGCAUUUACGUGCCAACCCUUUCCAACCGCUUCUCAGACGCGCAGUUGGAGCGCUCAUAUCAACUGUACUCGGAGCGGCAGCGGCAACGAGCGCUCAUCGUCGUCAACGGCCUGGACCUCGUCAUGAAACUCGUGCUCGUCGUCAUGUUCGUCAACGUCAAUCAUGAUAUCGCCUUCGUCGUCAUUGUCUAUCUGGUGUGCAUGGCGCUGAACCUUCUCGUGUGCUGUGUGGCUGCCUGGAACGUCUUCGCUAAUAACUACCUGCACUACGCAGCUCUGCUCACCGCCCUCCUGCUCAACGUCCAGAGUGUUCUAGGACAAAUCUUAUACCUCCAGUCCGAACUCAGGGAGUACCUUCUCUGCAACCCACACCCCUCGACCCUCGGGCCUAACAGCUCCCCGAACGUCAGGACCUACGAGGGAAACUCCACGAUCCUACAGCAAAUGAUAGUAAUGGAUAGCCUCGGCAUCCCAACGUCGGUACCUCCGCAUGCACUGGGCGUCGGUAACGACAACAUGGUUUGGUAUUUGCUCUUUACCGUGUUCGUGAGCUACGGGAUGCUACCGCUACCUCUACGGUGGGCGCUGUUCAUCGGUGUGGGCACUUCGCUGCUGCAUCUCGCUUUCUCUAUCGCCAGCUUCAUCCUGGGCGGUAAAGCACACUACUGGGUGUGGCUGGCAGCUGAGGUGUUGCUGUCACUUGGACUGAACACAUCAGGCGUCUACAGCAAGUAUCUCAGUGAUAGAAGUCAACGCAAGGCUUUCCUGGAGACCAAACGGGCGAUGGAAAUGCGAUGCCGCACUCGCCAGGAGAACCUCCGACAGGAGAAACUUCUGUUGUCUGUGCUGCCUAGAUUUGUGGCACUAGAGAUGAUCCGGGACAUUGCAAGGGAAGAAGAGAGGGGGGAGUUCCAGCCUGCACAGUUCCAUAAAAUUUACAUCCACCGCUACGAGAACGUCUCCAUACUCUUCGCUGACAUCAAGGGAUUUACUGCGCUGGCGUCUCAGUGCAGUGCGGAGGAGCUCGUACGCGUACUCAACGACCUCUUCGGACGAUUUGACAGACUGGCAGCUGAGAACCACUGCCUGCGCAUCAAGCUGCUGGGCGACUGCUACUACUGCGUCUCUGGCCUGCCUCAGGCGCGCAGUGACCACGCCAUCUGUUGCGUUGAGAUGGGCCUCCAUAUGAUACGCGCAGUCACUGCCGUGCGCCGUAAUACGCAGGUGGACCUAAACAUGCGUAUCGGCAUCCACUCUGGGUCUGUGCUGUGCGGGGUGCUGGGGCUGCGUAAGUGGCAGUUCGACGUCUGGUCUUACGACGUCACUCUCGCCAACCACAUGGAGGCCGCAGGCGUGCCUGGACGAGUGCAUAUAUCCCGAGCUACGUACGAUUGUCUGGGCAACGCAUACGAAGUGGAGCCUGGCUUUGGUCACACCAGGGACGAGUAUCUCAAGGACCGAGAGGUGGAAACAUUCCUUAUAGCGCGCGACGAGCCUCUGCACUGUCGUCGCCGCCAUCGUCCUUCACGCGCCCGCAUCUUCAGCACCGCGGACUGCACCGCACACCUCCGCACCUCGGGCCAGGUAAAGAACAGAGACUGCACCGCACACCUCCGCACCUCGGGCCAGGUAAAGAACAGAGACUGCACCGCGCACCUCCGCACCUCGGGCCAGGUAAAGAACAGAGACUGCACCGCGCACCUCCGCACCUCGGGCCUGGUAAAGAACAGAGACUGCACCGCGCACCUCCGCACCUCGGGCCAGGUUUUUGGUUCCGAAAACAUCGAUAAUAAUUUUACGAAAAAUUCAAGCCCAGAGAAGGGCACAUAUAACCCAAAUUUCGGUUCGGAUAAGGAUCGAGUAGAGGAGUCUUGCUACAGAGAAACAAAGGACGUUAUCAAAAAUUGUGCUGUCGAUGACGGAUCCUCAUCAGUUUCUGAUGUGCCAAAAUAUGAUAGGCAGGAUCUACAGGAAUGUGGUUUUAAAAGAGAUUCAUGUGUCAUUGAGAUGCAGAUAGAUAAUAUUAAUUUGAAUUUUGUUAAUGGUAAUGAAGUGCAAGAUGGCUGUGAAAUUCCCCAAAAAACUAGUGAUAAGGUCAGUGAAGAGGCAAAAACUGACGAACGGCCUAGUCUCAACGGCUGUAAUGGUCUUAAGUUCAAUAUAUUAAACGAGAAAAACGUCGAAGUUUUCAUAGAUACUUCACCGAGAACUUCAUCGCAUAUUAUAGAAGAAGAAAUGAGUACUUCUGAAAAUCAAAUAAUUACGUGCAACCCUAACGGUAAAAAUGGUACCAUGAAGCCAUCGAGCCCUGAGGUUGAAAAAACUCAAAGCCCUUCUACGGGUUUUUCGAAAGUCAACGGAGAUUUUCUAAGAACGUCUCGAAAAUAUAAGGAGGAAGACAAAGCGCUGCCGAACAACGAGUGGUGUCCGGAAUACCCCUUCGGAGACCUGGAAUCGAACUGGGAAGACGAAGCGUUCCUGGACGAUUUUCUGGACGAGGGUUUAUCUUCAGACUACGAUGAAGACGAAGACGAGGACGAUGAUGAAAAUCUAGGAAAGAACGAAAAACUUGACCAGACUCAACACGACUGCAACGCUGAGGCAAACGAGCUGAUGGCUAUGAACAUCGAGAUCGCAUCCAACAGACGCAUGCGCACCGAGUACAUGAAGCCGCUGAGUUUGAACUUCAAGCUAGCGGAGCUGGAGAGCGUCUACUGCCGUAGCCGCGCUGUGUACCUCAAGAGCGAGGCGACCGCCGCAUGCCUCAUCUGGCUCUGCGUCUUGUUUUGCCAUCUCAUUCUCUUCCACGGGGAAGUGUCGGUGUACAUCUCGCUGGUCUGCACGUCUUUGUUCGUCGGGGCAGCGUACACGGUGGCAAUGGCUGACGUGUUGCCGUGUCUGCCGUUCCUCGUGCAGCGUCUCGCCCUCGCGCUCGCCGAGCACGUCUCCCUCAGGCGCCUCUACAUCUUCCUGCUCGUCGCCGGCAUCACGGCCGGGGCCACCGUUCCCUGGGCUUUGCUUGUCGACAAGUGCGAUCAGAGGCAGAACGAUGAGAGCGCAACAACUCCGAUUCUCGAAGAUAGUCUCCUCUCUGAAAAAGUUUCUCUUGCUAAGUAUUUCUCAGAUUUUCUGUACGCAGAGAACGACACAAAUUCGAUGGAUAACCACAGUAUUUCUUCUCAAAAUGAAACCGGUCCCCAAAUUUAUAAUCAAAGCAAUUCUGUUCUCGAUCGAAGAAAAACGGACUCCGAGAAUGACUUUACGUUUGAUCAUGAGCCACUUUACGAUGCCGAUGUAAAUAGUUUUGAACAAACCGACUCAGAUUAUUUGAAGGAACCUGGUCCUUCUUUGAUAAGGUUAAGACGAGCAUUUUAUCCAGAUAAUUACAAGCAUCUUCCAAAAAUCAUACUAAAGCAGAAGAGGAGCUUAGAAAAGCGCCAAGAUACUAAAUAUUUCCCCCUACAGACAAUGUCCAAGUUGAGCUACAUAAUAUCCGCUCCGUAUAUUAUAAGCGCCACAUCGCCGUAUGCCCCUCCUUCAAGAUUACAUUCGUCGGAAGAAAGCACCGAAAUGUCAGACGACAUUGACGACGAUGGUAAAGAUAGUCUUGAGAUCCAAAACGAUGAUCUUGAGCCUCAAAAUAAAAUGAACCCAUUCAUUUCAUUGUCUGAACCAUCGGCUGAGAAAUUUUCUAGUCAAGAAUCACCGUUGAAAACCUUGAAUCUUGGUCGCUCGAAUGACGAGUUUUCUGGUAUGAAAACCGGCCAAUUCAGGGACAUUUCUAGUCUCCCUCUGCACUGCCAGAAACCCCAGUACGUCGUGUACACUUGGGUUCUCUGCAUGAUAAUACUGGGAGGGUUCUUGAAGCUUAAGUACAUCGUUAAGACAGUCAUAGUUUGCGUCAUGGUAGCCACCCAUAUCGGGCUGCUCUACACCGUCCUCGGCCCUGAUGACUACGUCGAUACAUCCAUGCGAGCGCGGCUGUUCAUCUUACUGCUGCUGUUCGCGGUGCUGGUCUCGUACCACGGACGACUUGUCGAGAUCGCGUCACGUCUCGACUUCGUCUGGAAAGAGACAGCGAUCAGCGAGCUCGAGGAGAUGGCAGAGUGUCGGCACUACAACACGCAGCUGCUGCGGAACAUCUUACCUGACCACGUCGCUACUUACUUCCUGUCCAGUCACCGCAAGAGUCAUGAGUUGUUCUCACAAGCGUACGACAACGUUGCGGUGAUGUUCGCCUCCAUCCCCAACUUCACGCAGUUCUACUCAGAGGACGUCAACCGCGGCGUCGAGUGCAUCAGGCUGCUCAACGAGAUCUUCGUUGACUUCGACGAGUUGCUGGAAGAGGAGCGCUUCUCGCAGGUCGAGAAGAUCAAGACGAUCGGCUCGACGUACAUGGCGGCAGCUGGCCUCAGUCCAGAGGCCUGCCAGCAGCAAGAGGAGGACGCUCACUUGGCGGCUCUUGUUGACUUCGCCCUCGAGAUGAGAACACGUUUGCAGGAACUAAACAAACACUCGUUCAACAACUUCUCCCUCAGAGUCGGCAUCAGCCACGGACCGCUAGUGGGCGGGGUGAUCGGUGCGCGUAAGCCAGUCUUCGACGUGUGGGGCAACACAGUCAACGAGGCUUCUAGGAUGGACUCCACUGGUACCUUCGAUACCAUCCAGAUACCUCGGCACACUGCGCAGAUCCUGAAGUUUAGAGGGUUCAAAGUGCAGCACCGCGGCCGCAUCGAAGUUAAGGGCAAGGGUUCGAUGGACACAUACUACGUGACGGGGCGCCGGCCCUGCACCAAACCUGCCUUCGCCCGCAACCCGAGCGCCCACAACAGCCUAGCCGCCGUCGUGUACGGCCUCGUGCAGGCCAGGCGGCGGCAGACAACCAGGAGAAGCACGACGGUCGCCCGACGCGGCGGGACUCGGCGCGGGGGCCAAGAGUCCGCGUCGGCAGAGACGAGCGUCGUGAGGGACGCGUCGCCCUGCACGCACCGGCGCACCACGAGGCGGGACAAGAACAGGCUGGCGGUGCCCUCACAUUCCCUGCCUCACGACGCGUGAGGACCGGCCUGCGGUGCCCUCACAGUCUCUGCCUCACGAUGCGUGAGGGACCGGCCUGCGGUGCCCUCACAGUCUCUGCCUCACGAUGCGUGAAGGACCGGCCUGCGGUGCCCUCACAUUCUCUGCCACACGACGCGUGAGGGACCGGCCUGCGGUGCCCUCACAUUCUCUGCCACACGACGCGUGAGGGACCGGCCUGCGGUGCCCUCACAUUCUCUGCCACACGACGCGUGAGGGACCGGCCUGCGGUGCCCUCACAUUCUCUGCCACACGACGCGUGAGGGACCGGCCUGCGGUGCCCUCACAUUCUCUGCCACACGACGCGUGAGGGACCGGCCUGCGGUGCCCUCACAUUCUCUGCCACACGACGCGUGAGGGACCGGCCUGCGGUGCCCUCACAUUAUCUGCCUCGUGACGCGUGAGAGAAACGAACACAUUAUUUGGGUCGCUUUAGAACUUAGCGGGCAAAGUGCGUGAAAGAUUCAUUAUUAUUUUAAAAGUCCUCCUCCUUGCAAAUAUUCAUUUCUUCAGAGUUCAUUAUGAGAUGAAUUCUGUGAUUCCAAAUGCGCCUGGAAAAUCAAAUUGCGUCCGUUGUUAACCUUAUUUAUAAGCUGUGUCACUCUGUGAAGAAAUUAGCUCGCGAAUUUUAUAUCUCGCAUAUUUUACUUACGAUUCAAAUUCGUUUUGAUUGUUAUGCUUUUAAUACAUUCUUCUAGUCUGAUGACCACGGUGCCUCAUUUUUUUCAUUCUAUGACAUAUUUUACGGAUUUUCAGCAUUAGUAUUAGACUUAGCAUCUCUAUUUUACUUCAAUUCAAUCUCUAUUUGACUCAUGUCUCAAUUAGUGCGAAAUUUGUUGGGAUUCUUAUCACUCUUGCCAAUUAUAAUAAGGCUUUUUAAAGCCUAUUGGUCCGAGUUGCCUUCCGACGAACACGGAAUCCUGACUGUAUAACUUCUUCUUUGUUUAAUUCAAUCUUUAUCUACUCAUGUUCAUGAUUGCAAAAAAUCGAUUGUUUCAUUUUAUUCGUGAUGUCUGCCUCAACGAACUUUGCAUUAUAUUGCUAAGCUUUAUUCGUCCAUGUUCAUGUGCAGUUCCGGGUUGUGAACAAUAACGUUAAUAUAGUGUGAAUAUAAUGUAUAUUCUGAAGGCAUUGAAAUGUGCCAUAGCCAUGCCAUGAUCAUAGCUUUUAUAAUAAUUUGAAAGUGCUUAAUUUUACUGCAUAUAGAAUCUUGUAAUAAAUAAUUUAUAGUUAUUAAAAUAAAUAUGUUAUCUGUGAUACUAAUGUUUAUCAUGCAUAAGAUUACGUCUGACGUAUAGAAAUGUAUAACGUCCAAAUGUGUAGAUGCGUCUAGCAAUGAUUAAAUAUGCUUAAUGUAACGAGAGUAUACUGUUUAUAGUAUUAAUAAAUCUUUCCGUGAGGUGUUAGAAUAAAUUUUGAUUUUUAAAUUGAAAUAUACGGGGGUUUUAUUCUUGAAUAUAACUUUAUUUUGGACUCUAAUUGUUUCAUAUUAAACGAAAUUGCGUAAAGUUUCUGUAUGUCACGUAAAGUUUCCAUAUCACGACCAAUAUCAGUUUGAAUGGUUUUGAGGAGGAGAAACAAUUUUUGGACAUGCUUCAAAAUCAAGAUUUGCAGCCACUUUCUUUCGGAAAAGUUGUAUAGUGUGUAGUAAACUCGGCAGUCUAUCAAUAUUACAAUAAUCUGCCAAUUAACUAUAAAGAAUAGAUGUAAUAAAUUGUUUCUAAAAGAUGAAUUGGCUAAAAAA